AACAUUUUUCAAGUAAUUUCCCGGCGGCGUGUGUGUUUGUUUGAGCGGGCAUAAUGAAUGGUUUGAAAGAUAAGGUCAUCAUCAUGCAGGUGCCGAGCAGCGAUGAGGAUGAGAUGGAAGUGAGUUCAGAUCUAGAUGCGAUGAUGUUUGAGGCUGUAGAGGAGAGCGGUGCCCAGGGAGACAUUGAGUCAACAGACAGUGAGAAUCAGCCGGACGCUGAGCCGUUGAUUGCUGUGGUGGAGGCCCAGACGCCGCCAAGGAGCUCAGUUCCGGCCCGUAGUGCCCCAGCCGGAGUCACUGAUGUCGAUGCCAAGUUGAAGGCAUUGUUCGAGCGCCAGCAGAUCGUUAAGAUGCUGUUGGGUCUCUGCGAUGAAACAGAUGGCGAGGGCGAGACCAUUCAUAUCGUCAUGGAGCUGCUUGGGGCAGAGAUCGAGGGGCCAACCGCCGUGGACCGUCUCACCGAUCAGCUGCUCUCAGUGCUCCCCGAGCAGACUCUGGUCGAUGAGGGCAUAAUCCUGGACAACGAGCGCUAUCACAGCUUCCGUAAUGUUCUUGGCAACUAUGCCAAGAUCCAUGCUUCCCGUCGCCUAAUCGAGCAGCUGCCCACACUGGCCACUGGCAAUUUUCUCGGUGGCACCCACGACGAAGCAUUGCUCGCUCGCGUUGUCGCCGACGAAGUGCUCAAGAUACCAGACUUGAUGCGCCAGCUCUGGGCCUCACUCGAGGAAAUGGAUUUCUUCAAUGAGGAUAGCGCCUUCAAUGCCUACCUGAAGGCCCGCAACCAUCCCAAUGGCAAGAUUCUACGCGAGCUAAUGCUCAGCCGCAUAUCGCGGGUCUUUCUAUGCGUCGUCAGCUCGACAUUCUAUCUAUUCUUUACCGAAUUCGAGAUCAUACACGUGCUCCGGAACUGCUACUUGAGUGUUAAUUCGGAAAUCGAGAUAUUCCUUUCGGUUAUACUUUGGCUGGAGCACAACUGGCCCGAGCGCAGCGAGUGUGCGGAGCGUGUCCUCGCGGAGGUUCGUUUCCAUCUGAUGCCCACCUGGUAUCUGACCACCCUGAAUCGCGCCAAUCGCUGCAUUCACUUUGCCCGUGUCAACCAAUGCCCAGGCGUUAAGGCUCUGAUUGCCAAAGGGCUCGCUGCUGCUGUGGCCAAGAAGGGAUCUAAUCCUCAUUACAACUCCCAAACGGCUGCCAGUUUCUACAAAAUUGAUUGUCCAGUUCCACGUGAAUGGAUCGCCGAUCCAGCUUGUGUCUAUCAUCACAAGUGCCACUGCCAGCGCUUCGUCUAUCCGACAUACGAAGUCUUCAAGCAGUACUUGUCGCAUAUCAUUAAUAGUGCCCCCUACUACUGGCACACCUUCCGCCCGGCCCAGGAGGUGUAUCGCAAUCAGCUGCGCUGCUGCUGCUACUUGCCUCAAUUUCGCUAGGCCUCAAACCAACACAUUUUCCCCUACACUACACUACACGACACUACACUACACAUUGUCGGAAAAUGCCGCUUCUGAAUGUUGAACACAACACACAAGAAUAGGUUGUCUUAUGCCCAUUGCAAAUGAUGCAAUUAAUAUUUUAUACAUGCAAAAAACUGAACGGCAUAGAAGAGACCCAUAACGUAAUAUUCUCUAUCCAUAUAUAAUGCC